AUGCAACAACAAACAUACAACGGACUACCACCAGAAUAUAUCGAUAAUCGCGCAGAGCGCAAAAUUGGUGGUUGGGAAUAUGAUAGUCAUAUAUAUAAUGGAUAUAAUUUUGCUAAUUUGAAGGUUAGCGAAAGGAAUCUCAAGAUUCGAAUGGCAUUCGUGCGCAAAGUUUUCUCAAUUUUAUUCGCACAAAUCUCCUUGUCAACCGCUGUGGCUGGGUUGAUGAUGCAUAAUAGCAUUAUUAAAUCUUGGGUUCAAUCACAUGGCUGGGUCAUUUAUAUCGUUUCUAUCUUGACAUUCGCUCUUUUAUUCGCCCUUCAAGUAAAUCACCGUUCUUAUCCUACAAAUUUUGCUCUGCUCGCUGCUUUUACGCUUGCAGAAAGUUACACAGUUGGUACUGUUGUGACCUAUUACGAUUAUAAUGCUGUACUACGAACCUUAAUUGUCACAUCUGGUCUUUUUAUUGGUAUUGUAUUGUAUACCCUGCAAUCUGAAUAUGAUUUCAGUGGAAUGUUUCCUCUACUCUAUAACAGUCUUUUGAUUAUUUUGGGAAUAAGCAUUGCUGGAAUCUAUAUUCCAUUCAGCGGUGUCUUUGAUUUUAUUUUUACUAUAAUCUGCAUUAUGAUAUUUUGCGGUUUUAUUGCUUUCGAUACUUUCACUGUCAUGACAACAAAGCAUCCUGAAGAAUAUAUUCUUGCUGCCGUUGAACUUUAUUUGGAUUUUAUUAACCUAUUUCUCAGAAUUCUCAAGAUUUUGAAUAAUUCCCGUAGAGAUGAUUAA